UAAAGGCGCUCUCUCGACACCAACACGACGACAAAACAACAGAGACCAUGCAUACGCAUAUAUGAAAGCACAGCAUGUGCUACACAUUUGUAUACACACAAUUGUUUAUUCGGGGAAAAGAGAAAAACACAUAGGAACGGCGGUAACGCACGCACACCACAGAGUAAGUAAAUAUGAUCCACUAUAGGAGGUCAGUGAAAACAGGAUAACAUCAAGCAAAACAUAAUAUUAUAAACGCAAACGCAAAACAUGCAAGAGAACAAACAAAAGAAUACAAAACAACAAAGGAAACCUAAUAGAAACAUAAACAUUAAACAAACACGUGAAAGUGCCUACCGUAAAAAAAAGCGAGAUAACGUACACAGUUUUGUCUACGUCGGUGUGUGUGUGUGUAUGUGUGUUUGUGGGUGUGCGAGAGCGUGUUGUGUGAGCCGGAUUCGAACUUCCCCUCUGUGAACGGCCUCUUGCGCGUGUUCAAAUGUGGCAAAACACGAAACACAAGGUACGAAGAGUCUAGUGCUACUUACGACAAUGUGUUGGGCUGAUUCCGCGAAUCACGAUUGCUAUUGAUUUACGGAGCCAUCUAUUUUAUUAUUAUUUUAUAUGGUUUUUGUCCUUUCCCGUUUUUAAUGGCUUAUCGGUUCUUCGUUGACGUAAGCACGGGGGCAAAGCACGCGCUAACAAUAGAGCAAGUAUUAUCAAACCACAGAGACAGACAGACAGACAGACAGACAGGGUCGGCAAAGGAGAGAACACUAAUCCGGAACGGAUUUCGAAAAGCGCAAAAGCAACUAUAACAGCCACACGGGAUGCGGAGAAGAGGGGGUCGAGGGUACAAGGGACGCGGUGGGAUGUACACGAUUCAUUUUGUAACUAUCAUUUUUUUAUCAAUCAUCGUAGUUAUUAAAAGAUCAACAAUCAUCUUAAUUAUUCUAGCAACCUAUCAUUAUCCUUUAAAUUGCUACACAGUCGCGGAAGCAGAAUGUAUCAUUUGUUCACGAGAGAAAUAUUAACAAUAAUUGUGAGAUAAAAACCAUUAUGCCGCAUUCUAUACAAGUUGAUGUGUUUUAUUUUCCGUUACAGU